AUGGAAGCAGCACUCAACUACAUUCAAUCAACGAAAAGUAAGAAGUUCAAGGACAUGAAUGAUGGCAAAAACAAAAAUAACGACGACGACGAUUUUUACGACGCCUGGGGAUUAUUAAAACAAGUUGAACUUAAAGACAAAUUUAUAAAGAAUUUGAACGAAAAACUCCAGGAAACUGAAACCAAGCUGAAAGCUCUCAACCAAAAAUUUAAAAUCAGAGGCAAGGAGUUUGAUGAGUACAUGAUGAACCACAAAACGGACCUGUACAAUCAAUUAAAACAAAAUCGGUCGUCUCAGUUAGAUUCAAUGAGGUCUGAAAAGAGAUUAGCAGAUGAAGAGAAACAAUUGGAAACAAUGACCAAGGAGGCAUACGAGAAGAUCGCCAGCAUGGAAAGUAAGGACUCCAUUGAGGAUCUGGAAGGAGUUUUCGUAGAAUUUCCGAACGGAAGUGAUGAAGGGAUGAAGACGCUUCUUGAAAUAAAACCUACAGAAAAAUUGAAAUCAUUGAUCGACUUUCUUCUGAAAGGAAACGAACAAAAGGUACAGCUGCAGAAAAGUCUGACGGAUCUCAAAAACGAAAGAGCUAAAAUUUUAGAGCUCAUGUCAAAAAAAUUAGGCAUAACAUUUGACCAGAAAGAUCUGCAUAAUGUAGAUUUUGAGGAAUUAUUCGAAAACUUCGCACGUGAUGUGGACAAAGAAACAGAAGAAAAAAAUGAAAUGAAGGAAAAUCUCAAUCUAAUCCGAGAAAAAUUAUCGAAAGCCCUGGAAGACAACAGAGUGAUAAAAGAGAAAGCCAUGAAACUGGAAGACAAUCUUAAAAUGAAGGAGACGGAACGAAAUCUCCGAAACCAGUCAGCGAAAGAAGGUAACAGCACCCCGGUCAAUAACAAAUCCGCGUCCAAAAACAAGAAAGUCCGAUUUUGUAACCUGAAAACCACUCAGAUCUAUCCUUUCAUGGAGAAGGAUUUCGAACUCGUCAGCGCAAAUAAACCCGCUGCAAACAACUUCAAUUAA